UUGAGGGACACUUUGAUUGUUUAAAAAUGGCUGCGAAUGUAUAGCUUGCUGUAAACACCCUUGAAUUACACUGCUGUUGGUUUAAAACAUUUGUAAAGUUCAGUAAGUGUUCAUAAUCAGAAAGUGAUCAUGUUUUACAUUUUGCGCUGCAGUCGAUUAACACAAGGUUCGGAUCGAUUACUGCGAUAUAAUGUGACAAAAUCAAAGGAGUCGCUGCUGCAUUCGAGCCGAUAUGGACAGCGCUCAAGACAAUGGACCACUUAUCAAUCCUCAACCCAACACUCCACCAAAAGCACAAUCAUCCGGAUGUGGACCCAGGCUCAAAAAACUCUCCAACUUGUGACUCGGCAUCACCUCAAGUCACCUAGAGUGGCCUUGACCUUUGUGGUGGGACCAGCUGCUCUAACGCUUACUGCAAGGCUCUUCGGCACUGUGGCUUACUGCAGCGCCGAUUACAACAACAACAACCUUCCUCUGAAGGCACAAUCUACAGAGAGAAUCCCAGAAUUCAGCUGGGCGCUCCUCUGGGAGUUCGUCCGUCCACAGAUCCUUGCAUUAACCGGGGCCAUAUUUCUUGCAUUCGGAGCAGCAGCUCUGAACAUCCAGAUUCCACUGAUGCUCGGUGAUCUGGUGAACGUCGUCGCUGAGUACAUGAGGGAACACGUUGGAAAUUACAUGAGGGACAUUCGAGCACCUGCGUUCAAGCUGCUUGGCCUAUAUGGCCUCCAGGGUCUACUGACCACCGGAUACAUCAUCCUUCUGUCCCGGGUCGGAGAGAGCGUUGCUGCAGAGAUGAGGAAAUCGCUCUUUGCAUCUUUGCUAAGACAGGAUGUGGCGUUCUUUGACGCCAAUAAGACGGGGCAGCUAGUGAACCGCCUCACUGCUGACAUUCAGGAGUUCAAGUCUUCGUUCAAGCUGGUUAUCUCUCAGGGUUUACGGAGCGUCACGCAGACCGUCGGCUGCUUCGUGUCCCUCUACGUGAUCUCCCCGAAGCUGACGGGGCUGAUGGUGGUGGUGCUGCCGUGUCUCGUCGGUGCCGGCGCUCUCAUCGGCUCCUUUCUGCGCAAGCUUUCUCGAAAAGCCCAAGAACAGGUGUCUAAAGCCACAGGUGUCGCUGAUGAAGCUCUGGGAAACGUGAGGACAGUGAGGGCCUUCGCCAUGGAGGACAGAGAACUGGAAACGUACGCCACAGAGGUAGAGAAAUCCGCCACGAUGAACGAGGCCUUGGGAAGAGGAAUCGCAGUGUUUCAGGGACUUUCGAACAUCGUCCUGAACUGUUUAGUCCUUGGCACUAUUUUCGCCGGCGGAUCCUUAAUGGCGCAUAACGACAUGACCCCAGGUGACCUCAUGUCAUUUCUGGUGGCCUCGCAAACAGUUCAAAGGUCCCUGGCCAGCAUAUCCAUCCUGUUUGGGCAGAUGGUCAGAGGUACGAGUGCAGGAGCUCGUGUUUUUGAGUACAUGACCUUAGAACCUACCAUCUCACUGACAGGCGGGAGACGCAUCCCGCGGGAGUCUUUGAAGGGAAGGGUAGACUUCCUGGACGUCAACUUCAGUUACCCGACAAGACCUGGCACCCAGAUCCUCAAGAGCCUCAACCUGACUCUACCUCCAUAUAAAACAGUGGCUAUAGUGGGAGAAUCCGGGGGAGGUAAAUCCACGGUGGCGGCGCUGCUUGAGCGCUUCUACGACCCGAGCAGUGGAGCGGUCAUGCUGGACGGUCAGGACAUCAGGACGCUGGACCCGUCCUGGCUCAGGGGUCACGUGAUUGGAUUCAUUAGUCAGGAGCCGGUGCUGUUCGGCACCUCCGUGAUGGAGAAUAUCCGAUUCGGGAAGCCCGAUGCCACAGACACUGAAGUGAUGGCUGCAGCCAAGCAGGCCAACGCCCACACCUUCAUCACCAGCUUCCCUGACGGCUAUGACACCGUAGUGGGUGAACGCGGUGUGACGCUGUCAGGCGGGCAGAAGCAGAGGAUUGCCAUCGCUCGAGCUCUUGUGAAGAACCCAAGCGUUCUGAUUCUGGACGAGGCCACGAGUGCGCUGGACGCCGAGUCAGAGCACGUGGUACAGGAGGCGCUGGACCGAGCCACAGAAGGACGUACCGUCCUCAUCAUCGCCCACCGCCUCAGUACCAUCCAGGGGGCGGACCUUAUCUGCGUCAUGAGCAGCGGCAGAGUGGUGGAGGCUGGAACUCACGUGGAGUUACUGAGCAGAGGAGGUCUGUACGCCGAUCUGAUCAAAAGACAGCGAGCUAACCAACAGAAGCACUGAGACCCAGGAAGCGAACCCCCAUCUGCGGUCCCUAAUAUAUAACACAACAAUUUUACAUGCAUUCGAUAUUAGAUCAGUGAUUAAAGCUCUUCGAAGUGGAAAUAUUUUAACUGAGAUUUUUAAAAACCAUUUAAAACGUAAAAGUGUCAUUUCCAUGUCGUGUAUGUCAAAAAAAAAAAAAUGUAAAUAAAUGUCGAUACACUCGAA